GAAGUAUAUAAUUGUAUUAUGUUAUGCGCCCACUGCACUCACCAAAAAGAGUGACUCUGACUCUCCCUUCUUCAUCGUCGCUUGCUAUGCAUAUGCUAUCUCUAUCUCUAUCUCUAUCUCUGUCAAAAUUAAAUUAAGCUCUUGCUGUAGUAUUCAAACUUUUUCCAUUCAACUUUCUUAGGGUUAGGGUUUUACAACUCCUUUUCCCAUUUAGUAGUAUAUCAUCAAGUCAACUAACUUUGUGUGUUCGAUUGUAUGUGUACGGAACCCCCCCCGGUAAAAUGGAGAAGCAUUCCAAAUCUGGAACUUCGGGGAUGUUCAUACCCUGCGAUUUCUGCAACGAAAGAACGGCGGUUUUGUACUGUAGAGCCGACUCGGCGAGGCUCUGUUUGUUCUGCGACCAACACGUACACUCCGCCAAUGCUCUCUCUCUCAAGCACCUCCGCUCACAGAUCUGCGACAACUGCAGGUCCGAACCGGUUUCGGUACGCUGCUACACCGACAAUCUCGUGCUCUGCGGUGACUGCGACUCCGACACUCAUGACAACUGCUCCGUCUCGUCCCUCCAUCGACGCGAGCCCGUCCAAGACUUCUCCGGUUGUCCUUCGGCGAUUGAGCUCGCAUUAGUUUGGGGGUUCCAUUUACAGCCUCGAAAUUCUAUCAAUUCCAACAAUUAUACGCGCUUGUACAAGUCCGAUGUUGGGAAUUUUCAAGAUCUGAUGGUGAUAAAUGAGGAGGAUCCCUUGCCUGAUGGGGUUCCGAGUCUUGAAUUCCCAACUGUCUCGAAUUUGCGGAAUUCAAGCUGUGGGAAGUACAAGACUGUGAUGUAUAAGCAGCUGAUGGAGUUGGCCAAGAGGGAAACAGUGAGAGUAAACGGAGAUGGAUCUGAAUUGGGGUCUGGGAUUGAAUUUGAUAACGGAGAUGAUGAGGAAUUAUUGCAUCAGCAAACACCCUUUACGUCUCUGCUUAUGUUGCCAACGACUGUAGACUCAAGGGAAAAUGAUUGCGUGAAUGAAGUUGAUAAUAUGUGGAAUUGUAACCCAACAUAUCAGGCACCUCAGAUUUGGGAUUUUCAUUUAGGAAAAUCGAGGGAUUGUGAAGAAGAUAGUCAACAAGAAGUAGGAUAUGGUGCAGAGAAUCCUGGUUUCACGAUCAAGUACUAUAAUGACAUUGGAAGGGAAGCUUCCUUGACCACAGCGGAAGUGUUGCAAAACAUGAAUGAGAUGAAGUGCUUCACAACAUAUAACGGCAUACCAGUGCAAAAGAAUCACUCGACGCAAUCAUUUUCAAGCCACAGUCCCGCUAUGUCAGAAAAUAACAAUGUACAUAUAUCAUCGGCAUCCAUGUUGGUUGAACCCAUAACGUGCAGUAGCGCCACCAAUGUACAGUUUGGUAAACAGCCUUUUCUAACUAGAAGUGACACUAUUAAAUCGGCAACUUCAAAGGUUGACAUGGAAGUGCUGGCACGGAACAGAGGCAAUGCCAUGUUGCGCUACAAGGAGAAGAAGAAAACUCGAAGAUUUGACAAGCACAUUCGCUAUGAGUCAAGGAAGACCAGAGCUGAUACUAGAAAGCGAGUGAAGGGGCGAUUUGUGAAGGCCGGUGGAAUUUAUAACGUUGAAGACAGCUGCUAAAUGGUUCAAAAAAUUUGUUACUCACUCAUCUCUGUUGUCUAAGUAUACAUGCAUGUUAUCAGCAUUAUGCACUCAAUAAUGUACUGCUACUACGUAUAUUUCAUUCAAUGGUAUUUCUUUGUGAUGGUAAAAA